AUGGUAACCUUUGCUAUUAUCUGCGCGAGUAACCAAAACCGUAGCAUGGAGGCUCAUCAUGUACUAUUCAAGAAAGGAUUCAAAGUGGCAUCAUAUGGAACUGGGUCAGCCGUUCGUCUUCCUGGGCCGAGUAUCGAUAAACCAAACAUUUAUAGCUUUGGGACGCCUUAUGAUCAUAUCUAUCAGGAAUUGAAGGCUAAAGAUCCAAAGUUGUAUACCCAAAAUGGACUCUUGGACAUGCUGGACAGAAAUCGUAAAAUAAAACGAGCACCGGAAAGAUGGCAAGAAACCACAGGAGUCUUCGAUGUGAUAAUAACAUGUGAGGAACGAUGUUUUGAUGCUGUCCUCGAAGAUUUGAUUAAUAGAGGUCAAGAAAGACACAAGCCAACACACGUUAUAAACAUCGAGAUUAAAGAUAACCAUGAGGACGCGAUGCUCGCUGGACGUGCUAUUUUACACAUGGCUCAAAUG